UCCGGUUACCUUCCAAAUGUAAACAUAACUGACGAUCUGUCACAUACCAGUCUCUCUUCUUUCUUCGUCUGUUAAAUUUUCCACCCCUUUUCUUUCUCUAUUUUUCCUGUAACAAAUAGACAUGAAGAAGUUCUUCGAAGACAUCAAAAAAGACGUCAAGUUCAAGGCAGCAGGACCAGGGAAGAAACUAACCGAAGAUGGCAGCUCCAAGUCCCCAGUGGUGCAGAGCAAUGCCCCUGCCAAGCCCCGUCAAGCACCCACAGAAGGGGCUCAGAGGGCAGGGGCUGCAGCCCUGGCUCGGAUUGAGCAGCAGCAACGCCCGCGACUCCAGACCUCGCAGGAUGCUAUUCGCCUUCAGGUGAAAAAGGAGCUUGAGGCAGAAGCAUCAGCAAUGGCUUCUGAUCAAAAAUUGGCAACAUCCAUUGAGGGCUCUAAAAUUACAAAUAAGGAUCCUGCUUGUUUCUCAGUGUCGGGAGUGUAUUUCACCUGUCCUCUCACUGGAGCCUCCUUAACAAAGAGUGAGAGGGAGAUGCAUGUUAAAGAGGCCAUUCUUAUGCGGUUUGCAGAGGAUCAAGUGGAAGCCUCCAUUAUGAUGAUUCAUACUUUCAACAAAGACAGGGAGAAAGUGAAGGCUGCGGUGGACAUCAUCAGCAAGUACUUGGACAACAUAUGUAAGAACCCCACAGAGGAGAAAUACAGGAAGAUCAAAGUCAGCAACAAGGUCUUUCAGGAGAAGGUGAACUGUGUGGAGGGCUCUCGGGAGUUCCUACAAGCUGUGGGGUUUGAGAGCAAAACUCUGCCAGUAGAGGGUCAGGAGAACAGUGAGGAAUUCCUAGUGCUGGGCGAGCAGGAGCCGGACAAGCUGGAGCAGCUGAAGGAGAGCAGAGACAGGCUGCAGAAGGGGGAACCAAUCAGGGCUCAGCUGGACAGACGGCCACAGGCCUUCUGCCCAUCCCCCCACGCCACACGAUUCGAACUUCCCCCUGACUUCUACAACCUGACUGCAGAGGAGCUAAAGAGGGAACAGCAGCUCAGGACUGAGUUGGUGGAGAAAAACGCAAUGCUGCGAACCAAGGCCAUGCGGGAACGCGAGGAGCAGAGGGAGAGGAGGAAGUACAACUACAGCCUGCUGAGAGUGCGACUACCUGACGGAACCCUUCUGCAGGGUACCUUCCUGGCCAGAGAGAGGGUAGCGGCGCUGUACCAGUUUGUGCGAGAGUCCCUGGUGGAUGGCUGGCAGCCCUUUGAGCUGGUGGCUCCAGGGGGACAAAAACUGAAGGAGGAUGAGGAGGUAGCCCUGAAUGAAUGUAGCCUGGUCCCCUCAGCUCUCCUGUCCUUCUCUUGGGAUGCGGCGGUGCAGGCGGACAUUGCGGCUGCUGGAGGACAGAGCCCCACGCUGCUCAAGCCAGAGCUGCAGGAGAGCAUCAAGACCCUCAGCUGAGGAGACUGCCCUCUCUGUGCUUACUGCCCUCUCUGCGCUCCUUCUGCCUCCCACCCCCUCCCCUGAGCUCC